CGGCAGACACCCGGAUGGUGCUGCCUUGGCAGCAAGGAACGGGCUUCACCACUCGCCACCCCUUUGUCCCUGCCGCUGCCUCCCCAGCAGCCCUUCCGCUCCGUGCCAGGUUUCCCUAGCAAGGGGCCAUGGCGCAUAGCUGCCUCCUCCCUGCGGGCUCCCCGGGCCGGCCAGCCCCCCGCCUGCCUCCCUCCUUCCUCCCUUCCUCCGCCCUCCUCCCCAAGGCAGCCCAUGGCUGCUCCCUGCUCCGCGCGGUCGCUGCAGGGCGAAGCGGCCGCCUUCACCGCUGCCCUCCGCACCCUGGUCAACAACCCCCAGUUCAGUGAUGUGACAUUCGUGGUGGGCCGGGAGCAGCAGAAGGUGUUUGCACACCGCUGUGUGCUGGCAUGCCGCUGCCAGGCUUUCCGGGGGAUGCUCAGCCAGGGGCCGCCAGGCAGCGAGGACUCCCCCAGCAGUAUCUCACCCCAGGGACCCUUCAUCCUGGGCAACGUGCAGCCCGAGGUCUUCCUGGCCGUCAUCGAGUUCCUCUACACCAACAGCGUCACCCUCAACAGCCACAUCGCACUGGAGGUACUGACUUCAUCAGUGGAAUAUGGUCUGCAGGACCUAUGCAAGGAAAGCCCCGAUGCUAUCACCCACGGGUGUCCCGUGGUCAUCUGGCUGGAUGAUGCUCUCUGCAUCAAAUUCAUCAAGGACACUCUGAGCGUGGAGCAGGUCUGCGAGGCUCUGCAGGCUGCAGUGACCUAUGGGCAGACAGACCUCCAGCAGCACUGCCUGGCCUUCAUCGAGGGCUGCACUGCGGCAGUGGUGCGGACACAGGGCUUCCACGAGCUCUCUGAUGUGGUGCUGGCGCGGGUGCUGCGCAGUGACCGCCUGGCCGUGGACGAGCUGGACCUGGUGCAGGCUGUGCGGGAGUGGGCGCACGUCAGCUCGGCUGUCCUGGAGCGCCCCGUGUCUGAGGUGGCUGCCCUGCCUGUGCAGGAGCUGCGCCUGCCCCUGCUGGCACCCAGUGAGCUGGCAACGCUGGAGAGACAAAACCAGCGGGAUCUGCUCAUCCCGGCAGAGAGCAUCGCGGCAGCCUGGCGGUCCCAUGCCCUGAAGAAGGGCAGUGGGGUGCCCUCGCACCUCUGCCAGCCCCGGCGCGGCACGCGGCCCCGCGACCACCACCGUCACCUGGACCCACACGCCAAGUAGGGGCUUGGGCAGCGGCAGUGCCCCCCAGUACAGCGGGGCAGGGUGCGGGGCUGGGCACUGCCAGAGGUGCCACCGUGGCCAAGAGCAUCCAUAAAGCUCUUUGUCCCAUGCCACAGCUCCAGGGUCAGGGCAGGAUUCCUGGUUCACCCCAAGAAGUGGUGCAGGGAAUGGGGGCUUGGGCCUGCGCUAUGCGGUGGGUGUGAGGACCCCCAUACACCCCAGUGACGCAGGGGUAGGGGGCUAGGCUGCAGGAAGGGGUCCCUUGUGGGAUGGGGAUACAGGGUGAGCCCCCCUUUCCCCAGCCCCAUGCUGCCCCCAGCCGGGCUCUGCGCUGGGCCCUUCCCCGGGGCCGUGCUGCCCCCCUGCGGCAGCGGGACUGAGCUGCAGCGGGCAGCGAGCACCGCGGCAGGGCUACAACAUCCCCUCCACGCACCGCUGGGGAAGGGACUGAACGAGAUGGGGAACCUGGGGUUUAAGAGUGAGGGGAGACCCCCGGCAUCUCUGCACCUACCCAGCACCAACACCAGUGACCCCCUCCCCAAGCCCUGCCAGCAUCCCCAGCUCCUUAUAGCCCUGGACACACGCACCACACUGCCAGCCCCCCAUGUGCCACACACAUCCCCCUCCACACAGCCUGUACCCCCACUGCGCACCCCAUUGCAUGUGCACACACAGCUGGAUCUGCCUCAAGCAUCCUCCCUUCCCCCAGCUAUGCCCCCCAGGAUAAAGGGCCGGACACAGCAGGUAAUUUA